AACUUGCGGUUUGUGAUUUGACUGACAUUUUUAGCGAAUUUCACACUUUUGAGUUGUGGAUUGCCGUAGGUGCAUACGAAAGGUAUCUCGAUAAAUUUGAGAUUGACUCGAAUAUAAGUGUCAAUUUGUUAAAGAUUUCUCGCUCAUGUGAUGAGCGGCGCAUGUGAGGAUUCGUGUCCUUGGACGAACUAUUUGUCGGAGGCGAUCAAUAAAUGCGUGCUCAACCUGUUAUCGUUGCUGUCGACAUUCGGUCUAACCUUUAAUUCCGAUGACAUUGUCAUCUUCGAUGACGAGACGUCGUUGAGGCUCCAUGAAUUUCAUCACGAAUUGAAAGCAUUAUUGUCGUUCGACGAUUUCCAGCUACAAUUGCUCAAAGUCUUCCUGUUGACAUUCGUAAGCAGCGUGGCGUUAAUCUUCGUUGCCUGGCAUAUUUACGGCUCUAGAAUUACGGAACAAUUCAUGAAAACAGACGGUGCUGACGAUUGUAAUUCAUCAACGGAGUAAUAUAUUAAAUAUUAUAAAUAUAUUGAUUAUUAUUGGACAGCGACAGUUAUCUUAUAUCUGACAAGUAUGACUGAUAAAAUCAAGUCUUUUUUUCAAAAGAAGAAAACAAGUGCAAAGUUUAUGAAAGCAGGGAAAGGAUACAAAUUGACAGACUCCACCAGUACUAUAUCUAGUUCAACAGAGCCUAGACAACCAGUUAGGAGAGCGGAACCUACAGAGGAGGCUAAGACAGCAGGCCAAGCAGCUUUAGCGAGAUUAGAAGCAAAGAAAAACGAUAAACCACGAUUUAACACGUCAUAUGCUGCCAUUCAAGCACGGGUCAAGCGUGAAUUGGAAUUAGAAAGAAAAGCACAACAAAACUUACAGCAGACCGAAGAUGCAACGUUGAAAGAAAAAAAAGAGAAAAUUGUAGAUUCUUCGAUUUUUGCAGUUACUGAUGUAUAUUUCCGUUGUCCGUAUUUAUCUGAUGAAAUAUUAUCACGAGACGAAUGGAAAAAGAAAAUACGAGAAUUUCUAUAUGAGCAGUUAAUAGGAGAGGAGGCAGGGUUAACAGCGUGUCUCAUUAUUCAAAGUUGCAAUUCUGGAAAAGAGAAAAUUGAAAGCUGUGUAGAAACACUCGACAAAUAUUUGGACAAUAUUAUUAAUAAUCCUGAUGUUGAAAAAUAUUGGAAAAUUAGGAUGAGUAAUAGAAUAUUUCAGGAAAAGGUUUUGCCUAUUGAAGGAGCAUUAGAUUUCUUAAAAGCGGCUGGUUUUGAACAGAAAAAAUUGCAGCAUAAUGAGAAUGAGGAAGAUUUCUUGGUAUGGAGUCCUAAUAAUUGUAACAUUGAGAACCUUAUAAUGUUAGAUGAAGCAUUAAGAUCUGCAGAACCCAUUCCUAUUGAGUUAGACAGGAAUUUACAAGUAUUAAUGCCUAGUCAAGCUCGUAUACGGAAUGAAUUACCGCCCAGCUUUUUCACGAUAUCUGCGGAAGAAAUAAAAAAAGAGCAACAGUUAAGGACGGAAGCUGUAGAAAGAAACCAAAUGCUGAGAACAAAAGCUAUGAGAGAGAAGGAUGAACAGCGUGUACUUAGAAGAUAUAAAUUUGCUGUACUUCGUAUCAAAUUUCCAGAUGGAAUAAUACUGCAAGGUACUUUCUCGGUACACGAGAAGUUCCAAAAUGUGAAUGACUUUGUUGCUGAAAAUUUAAUUGAGGAUAAAGUGCCCUUUUUGCUGAUAACACCGGACGGAAUUAAGCUAGUAGAAGAAUGUCAUACAAAGACACUUUUAGAAUUACGAUUAAUUCCUACAGCUAUAUUAGAAUUUUCUUGGAAUGUAGCUGAUAAGGAAAGUCUACCUAAAGGAUAUUUGAAAGAAGAUAUACUUUCUUAUAUACAAACUGUCUGAAAAAAUACUAUAUUCUGGGAUAAAACACACGUUUGCACGUGUGUGCACACACUUUAUUAUACAUUUUUUGAAAAGUA